CUUUGGGACCACGAUUUGCUGAUUUGAGAUUUGGUGCCCUUAAAAUAAAAAAACUUUAAAGAAAAUCCUAUCGCCAUGGCCGGAAGCUAUUCAGGAUUCUUCGGAUUCUUCAAAAACAUAUACAACGAUGAAUACAAAUGGGCGCUUGUGAAAAGUGCAUCUUUGUUCGUGGUAGGCGUACGAAUUGCUAAAGAAUGUGUAGGGCUUGAGCUGAUGCCGGCGAUUCCACACUGAAUUCCACAGCGUCUUUUCCAUGAACUAACUGUGGUAAAUAAACAGAUCUAGUGAAAAAAAAUGUUGCUUGCGUUGGUUGUGAUUUGUUUGCAGGUGAUAUGUUUUUCCUCCCCGAUCACAGCUGGGGAAGAAAAAAAGCCGAAUUUCUUGCUCCUGUUGACCGAUGACCAGGAUGUGAUCUUAAGGGGAAUGACUCCCAUGACGUACACUGUAACGCAAAUAGCAAAUCAGGGCGCAACGUUUAUGAAUGCAUAUACAUCAUCCCCCAUUUGCUGCCCCUCGCGAAGUUCCAUUCUCUCUGGGAGAUAUGCACAUAACCACAGAACCUUCAAUAACUCGCUUGCAGGAGGAUGUUAUGGAGAAUACUGGCGUCAAAAGAUUGAACCGACUGCACUGCCCGUAGCUUUGUCCAAGGCUGGAUAUAAAACUUUUUUUGCUGGUAAAUAUCUCAAUCAAUACGCUGCAAACACCAUUCCGCCGGGCUGGUCUGAAUGGUAUGGUCUACAUGGAAACUCCCGCUACUACAACUUUACAAUUACCGAAAAUGGAAACUCUGUUACCUAUCAUGAUAGAUAUCUCACAGACUAUCUACAAUGGAAAUUGCUUGAUUUUCUGAACCAAUUGGAUGGAAAAGAGCCAUUUUUCGCCAUGGUGGCUCCGCCAGCCCCGCAUUCUCCAUUUACUCCAGCAGAGAGACAUAAGGAUUUAUUCCCAAGCGCCAAAGCCGUUAGAACACCAAACUUCAACAUACCAUCGAACCCACUAGAGAAACAUUGGCUACUUACAAUGGAUCCAGCUACUCUACCCGAUACUUUGAUGCCACACUUGGAUUCAAUCCAUCGCAAACGCUGGCAGACAUUACUGGCAGUAGAUGAGAUGGUUAAUGCUGUUGUUGAGAAUUUGAAAGUGAAACAGCUGCUUGAAAAUACGUUUAUCUUCUACACUUCCGACAAUGGUUAUCAUAUUGGACAAUUCGCUCAAGGAUUUGACAAGCGACAACCUUAUGAAACAGACAUACGUGUUCCGUUCCUUGUACGAGGACCCCCGGUUUCUCCAAAAUCUCUAAUAGAUUCGCCCAUCGCGUUAAUAGAUGUUGCUCCUACUAUGCUCCAUCUCGCUGGUCUUGACAUCCCCAAAGAAAUGGAUGGAAUUCCUAUAAGUUUUGCCAAAACGAAUAACUCAUUUGAUGAGAGACAAAUUUUAAUCGAAUAUUGGGGUGAGGGGACCUUCGAGACACAUAAUGACGAGUGUCCGUGGCAAGCAUCCGAUCGAUUACAGCUUUGUUCCUUAGAUGAGGCAUGCCAUUGCCAGGAUGCGUGGAACAAUACUUACAAUUGUCUGCGGCACAUCGCACCGGAUACCAACUUUGUGUAUUGUGAAUUCAAAGAUAAUGAGCAUUUUGUGGAAGCGUACAAUCUGUUCGCCGAUAUUUAUCAGAUGCAAAAUAUCGGUUACGACAUGCUGCCCUCAAUGAAAGCCAAGUACAGUCUAGCGCUGGUAAACCUCACAGCAUGUACAGGCGCUACAUGCCAGAUAAUUUAUUAAAACUAAUAUAUCAGAUGGCUUAUAGAAAACGAUCCAGUUUGUAUUGCUGCUGCUGUGUACGGAUUUAUUUCCCAUACGCCAAGGAUUCAUCGUGCAUCAAAUACUUAAUACUUUAGCGACUGUCUAUCGUAUAAUCUCUUAAUUUCAAAUCGCCAAAAGUAGGAUGUGCUUUGCGAGGAAUGCAAAAAAUCUCGUCUAGAAUCUCGUGAGUCGUAUCAGUCGAGAUAAAGUCUGAAAAUAAAAACGAUGAAUGGGUAAAGAGAGAAUCCAGCACAACCUUAGAAAGUAAAUGAAAAGAUUGAAAUGCGCCUUAGAAAAUAUUACCCCAGUAUUGUUCCGUAAGCGUCCUGUAUUGAAAAUAAAUUCAUUUAUUGAAAAGGCC